AACCUACAACCCUUCAACGUGUCAUCAAAGAACAAGCCCUGGUCGUCGAACCAAUGAUUAGUUCCGCGAUUAAGGCAAAAUAGUUCCCAUCAAUAACGACCGUUACCAUGUCCGACUACAGCAAAUGGAAGGUCACAGAGCUAAAAGCGGAGCUCAAGAAUCGCGGUGUCCCGCAGACUGGGCUACGGCUUAAGCAGGACUUCAUUGACAAGAUAACUGAAUUAGAUUCACAAUCUUGUGAACAACCUCCCGCUCAAGAUGCGUCAAAACUCACCUCCGCUGGGGAAGAGGAUAAUCAAGAGGAGAGUAAAGAGGAAGAACAAGAGGAACUGAAAAUAGCAGAGCCAGUGCCGCCCCAGCAACAAUUGGGCAACGGGUCGCUUUCGACAGAAGGCGCACCGAAAUCGCAGAAAGUAAACGCGGAAAAAGAUGGGACCAUCGCUGAAACCCCUCAGCCGACGACCGAUGAGUCGAAAGAUACCGAAAAAGAAACUGCGCAAGAUGAAACGAUCCAACAACUCACUCUUGACCAACCAUCCGAGGAAGCGAAAGGAGCAGAACAAACCGAGACAGUCGCAGAAAUUCAUAAAAUAGAUACUAGCGAACCAGUUGCUCCAGCACUGCCCGAAGAACCACCUACUGAAGAAAACUCUGUAACGGAACAGUCAACUCCUGCAGAAAUAUCUACAAAAAAUGAAGGCGUGGACUCUGGCAUCGAAUACCUCCGCAAACGCAAACGACGGAGUCAGAGCCCUCCUCCCAACGUCGAAGUCGUGAAGAAGUCCAAGAUUGAUAACGAGAAUCCGCGAGUUAUUCUUAAAGAAGAUGUGCCACCUCAAGAAGUCGCGCCCGGAGGUGCUCGGCAAGAUCCCCGAUUUAGAGAUCUCUUACCCAUCACGAAACCGUCACAACCUGUACAACCAGAACAGGACCUACAAGAUGAUGAUCGCCAAGUUGAACCAGCACUUCAUCCCGCUACAUCUACUAUCUACAUUCGAAAUCUCAUGAGACCUUUACAACCAUCAAGCCUAAAGAGUCAUCUCCAGUUACUCGCUACUCCAACCGGUAAAGAGCCUGACGGGGAGUCGCUAGUCGAUUUCUUUUUAGACUCUAUCAAAACUCAUUGCUUUGCGCUCUUCGAUAGUGUCUCCACAGCAUCAAGGGUGAGGUCUAAGCUACAUGGUGCCGUCUGGCCUAAUGAACGCGACCGUAAACCACUCUGGGUUGACUUUGUCCCCGAUGAAAAGUUUGACGAGUGGAUAAAAACAGAACAGGAUGCGUCAACUGGUCGGGGGAGUCAGCGCUGGGAGGUUAUCUACGUCUACACGGAGAAUGGUGUGCAGGUUAGUCUUCAAGAGGUCCGUAAUGGCGCUAGACCAGGCCACACACCGACAGCGCCUGCGCACCGUUACAGUCCGGAUGCCGAAUCGCGACGACAAAGCCAACCUUCAGGAACCCCGCUUCAACAACAGCAAAGCGGUGGUAAAGGGUUCAAGGCACUCGAUGAUCGGUUUCGGUCUACAAUAACGAAGCCGAAGCUAUACUAUCUUCCUGUAUCGCGCGACAUUGCCGACAAACGUCUAGCGCGAUUUGGCACGUUGAUGCGGAAAGACUCCGGACGUUAUGGUCAUGGAGAUGAUGACAUGCGUCGCAUCACAUUUGAGGAUACAGAUUUAUUUGUCGAUGGUGGACCGGAGUAUCGAGGUGGCCGAAAUCGGGGUGGUGGUCGACGUGGUGGUCGAGGACCCUGGCGUGGACGGCCUCUACAAAAGUUUUACUAUCCUCAUGGGAAAGGUGUUUGCUUCGGUUAUGUUAUCAGGAAUGUUCUCAUAUCAUGGACGGAGCUCGGUUUCCCUUUUGACAUAUCGUGGAGGGGUGGGUAA